AAACUCUGCCGGUUUACUACCGUUUACGGACUUCCCUUGGCGAAUUUCUUCGUAUCCGGAGAUACUGAAACGAUAACUAUUGGAUCGAGCACGUGAUUACACACGAAACUUUCUGUAUACACGGAGAUCGCCUCCGAGACUACACCGAUCCGACACGUGUACACGAUUUAGAGACAAAACGGUUUCCGUGGCUUCUGUACAUGGGAUUCUUUCUUCUGACACAGAUGGCGUUUCUAGGGCUGUAGGAAAACUACGAAUGUAUUUGCUGAAUUUAUGGAAUUGUACGUACAUUGUUGACACCAUGACGUGUCGACAUUCGGACGCGUACAACGUAACGAUUCGAUUUCAGUGAAUCGAUGGUGUGUUACAAACUGGCAACGGAGCAAGAUAAUGCACUUGCAAUGCAAAUGUAACGAUGUUUAACAGAGAAUAUACGCACGAAAAUCACAGUAGAAGAACUAUCAUCUCAAUGUACCCGCAUUUCACACGUGAAGCACUGCAUCUACUCUUCUCCUCUUUUGUCUUCGCUGCGUUCCACAUUUCGGAAGAGGCACGCAGAAUCCUUCCCAGCAGUUUCAUACCUUCGGAUUUGAGUGAUCCUCGGAUGACGAUAUGGACAGCACUUCUGCUCUUUUUUCGAAAGUUGGAAAUCCACCUUGCAAAGGUGUGUAAGAUUUACAAUGCGGACUAUGUCGAGAGGUUAAGUGGCAUCCUAAGUGCUCGACGGGUCCGCUCUAAAGUGAACCACGCGUCCUAAACCUCAACACCCGAUGAGAACGCAACACUAGACCAGAACUAUGAAUCGCACAAGACGCACCACAUGUGAGACGCCCAUGACAGUCCGACAGUUACAGGAUUAGACAGAGACAGAUUCCCACUUCAUAGGAAACGUUGACUAAAACACACUCCCUAGACUAACGGUUAGAAUAUAAGCACCAGGCGUUUCAAGAGAUAAGAGACUUAUCACGUACUAGUCUAAGUUUAAUUCUGUUACGUAUAGUUCAUAAUCUUCAGUUUAUACUAGACACCACAAAUAAACCGACUAAACGCCAGCUUAAUAGACAUCUUUAAUUGACCUCUACCUUGAACGUUCAUAUCGUUCGAGGUACGCGACUUCAACCGAGCAAAUGCAACCUGAAUGAUCGUCACCUAGUUGAUAGAUCGCGACAAUUCUAGAGUUUUGGCAUAUUUUGACCAUGAUCGCAACGAUUGCAAUACUUGCUGAAAAAUUGUUGCAAACGACGUUCUUUUACUUUUACUUUGCAGAUUGAAUGGGAGAUGUCAAAAUUACGGUUCGUCGGUACGGUUGUUAUAAAUUAGAUAAUGUUAAUAAUUUCUUAGAUACUUCGAUAUUCUAAAUUACCAGCAAGGCUCCAAAUAUGCUGUACUUCGUCUACUAAAAUUAUCCCAUUUUUAAGAAGAUAUAUUUAAUAAAAGAUUUACGUAAUUUCUUGAAACUAAGAUGCUAACAAAUAUCGUAAAGAAAUGAAGAAAUACAUACCAAAGAAAAGUAGUAUAAUAUUUCAAAAAUAAGAUAACGGCUAUAAUAUCUGUAGACGUAGAUAGAAAGUUCAUGAUCGCAAAUCGAUGACACUAAUCCAUGGGAUCAGUAUGGAUAUUUAUCAAGAACAAAUCCCUUGGCAUUAAUAAAUCCGAUUUGUGCGUUAUUUCGUUAGCUACAAUAUCCGGCAAAUACAAGAAAGUAAUCGUUCUACUUAUUACACCAUGAUUAAGAAUUUAUUGUAAAUCUUGUGUAAUUUGACGUCGAAUCUCUGACGACUUUUAUUCAGUCUUGAUUAAAAGAGCAUAAAAGACAAAACGAACGUACAUAUGUAACUUUCGUCUUUUUUCAUCUUCUUAUUAAAUGAUAAUAUAAAGAUAAUAUAAAUAAUAUAAAAGAUAAUGUAUGUAAUGCAGCUAUAAGACACU